AUGGAGCCUCCCCCUGUGCUCUCUGGUUUCUACUCUUUCAGUGAGAACGAUGGAGACUCUGUGAACCCCAGAACCCCCCGGCCUCUGACCCUGUGCCUCCACAAGCGGGACUUCCUUCCUGGACACUGGAUUGUGGACAACAUCAUAAGUGCCAUGGAGCGCAGCCGGCGGACCAUCUUCAUCCUCUCUGAGAAUUUUGUCCAGUCUGACUGGUGCCGCUACGAGCUGGACUUCUCCCACUUCCAGCUUUUUGAUGAGAAUGCCGCCGGAGACGCGGCCAUCUUGAUCCUGCUGGAACCGCUGUCCAAGGACGACAUCCCCAAACGCUUCUGCAAACUGCGCAAACUCAUGAGCUUCACCACCUAUCUGGAGUGGCCUCAGGACGAGGAGAGGAGCGGGGAGUUCUGGAGGAGUCUCCGUAACGCUUUGAGAGGAGAUGACGAGGAGGAUGACUGAGGGGGAAGACAAGGUGAGGGUGAGGAAGAGUCAACGCAAAAGGACAAGACAAAUGUGGAGUGAAGAAGAGAAAUAUUAAGGAGCAGGACUGCUUGAACAGGAAAGAUUAGAAGCCAUGGAGGAGUAGGACGGAGGAGAUGAGGUGUAAAAGAAGACUGUGGCGGAAGAGUAAACGAUGUAGAUGAAGAGAGGAAUGUCGCAGAUGAGAUGAAAUUUUUUGCCAAAGUGGGCUGAAAGACAAAAACUUGCAGGGUCACAGUAUACUUCAUAUAAAGCUUGUUUUGUUUUGUCUCACAUCUCGUCCUCACACACUUUUGCAACGUUGGAAACGAGAGAGAACGUAUCUGAAAAUUUCUGUAACUUUCUGAAACCGACAUUCUGACUUUC